AUGAGGCUUAUUUCCCUGUUUAAGUUGGCGACACUCGCAGCCAGUGGCUCAACCGCAGCUGAAGCCGCAGCAGCAGCUGCUGCUGCGGCGGCUGUUGCGGCGUCUCCGGCUGUAACUGAGGCACAGACAGGAGCUGCAACACCAGAGGCAGCCGUAGUGAUGUUAUCUACCUUGCCGAAAAUGGACUCUGCUUCUUGGGUUCGUCGUGGUGUCCCUUUGCGGGACGGUGCACUACAGCGACAGCAACGCCAAGCAGUCAUCGCUGCCGCUGUUGCUGCUUUUGUCUCAGUAUCUGCAGUGAUUUUCCUAGUGAUGCGAUGCAGUCAAUUCCUGGUUCCCAAGGCCUCGGAGAUCUACCGCCGAGCCCUGGCAUCAGGAGGAUCUUCGGGUUCUUCUGCAGAUGGGGGGGCAGCAUCAGCAGAAGACACCUCAUCGGCAGCAGCUGGAAGCUGCAGCCCCCUAAUGUCAUUUCCUACGUUAUCGUCCAAGGAACUUGAAAGUGCGGUGUCUUUACAGAUGCAACAAUUGUCACUGACCUCAGAGGAGGCUGCUCAGUUGUCUCCCUCGGAGGCGGAGCAGGUUGCCUCAGCGCAGCGUAUGCUGCAGGAACUCCGAGCAUUAGUGCUGGCACUUGGAAAUUUAGUUGCAGGGUUUGAGAAAAGCCUACAAGAAGACGCUAGGGACUUGCGUGUUAUGAUUGGGGAGCUGCAGCCCGGAUCCCCAACGAAUGCUGCGGUAUUACAACUUCAGGCAGACAUUCGAACAGACCGGACGCGGCUGUCUAAGUGGAAGUGGCAGCUGAAGGAGAUGCAGGAACAGCUGUAUAGGGCAUCACACAGCACAUCGCAGGCACAGCGCUGCAAGGGACUUUUGGCGGCACGAUUUUUCAAGCGUUUCUCGGUCUCGUCAGCGGCUGCUGCAGCACUGGCAGCAGCUCAGACAGUGCUCAACAGCACAAACUUCGGCGGCAGGAGCAGCAGUAGCAGCAGGAGCAACAGCGGGAGUAGGAGCUCCGGGAGCAAGACCACGAGGAGCAGCAGCAUAAGACGCACAUUCAGUAGCAGGGGUGGAGACAAGAAGCCACCGGCCGUGGAUGAAGGUCGUGGACGCCACAGGGUUCGCAAGGGUACGCCAGACCAUGAGCAGCUGAUGCGGGAACUGCAUCAUAUACAGCAGCAGCAGCAACUAUCAACUCAGCUGCAGCAGAGGCAGAUACUGGCGGACCUGAGGACGCAGGUACUGCAAGGUAUGUUUAUGCGGCACCAGCAGCGUCAGCAGCAAGAAAAGGAUCAAGAGAAGCAGCGGGCGCUACAGGAGCGGAGUCUGCUGCAGCAUCAACCUAGGCGGAACGGAAGGAGAGGACGUGGUGUUGCAGAGGGCUCGCAGCAUACAGCGACAGAUGAUGAUUCCGGCCAAACAGGAGCAAGCAGUAGUGAUAGAAGAGGCAGAAGCAGGAGACGACAGAACAAAAUGCCGCUGAAGAUGCCUUUGAGCUAUAUUGCGGAGGAGGCGAGCGAAGAGGACGACGAGGCCGAAGACAAGCUGAACGUAUCACAGUUGUCAGCGGCUGACCUCGGAGAUUCAGAAACAGAUGACGAGAGAACAGCAUGCCGAUGA